AUGUCAGACUCACUGCUCAACCACUCCUGGCCCUCCUUCUCAAAGCGCUGGAAGAAGAGAUGGUCCUUUAAGAGAGGGUCUGACUGCAAGCCUUGCCUCCAGGAGCUCUCUGAGCACAGCUCCCCUGCCUCGGAGUGUCCCAGCCCCAAGCGCUUCCUCCCCUCCCUGAUUGCUGAGGAUGACACCUUCUGCACCAGCAUGGCUGAAGAAAAGGAGGACUCGUCUUCCACAGAGCUGGAUGUCCCAGCCCUGGACGUGCACAGCAGCACAGAGGACCUGCUCUCGGAUUCUGCCCUCCAGGGCACGGAGUAUUACAGAGACCUGGGGCUCCUGAGCCCACCAGCUCCCAAAGCACCUCCAGAGAUGGCAGCACAGCCAGCACAAGCAGCCCGGGCUGUGUCUGCCAUUCGCCUCCUGGAAGAGGGACCAGGGGCUCUGCACAGAGUGUCUGUGGAUGUUGCUUUUUCCAGCCCCAUGUCCCGCUCCGUGCGCUGCGCCCAGGCAGCCCUGCCAGGGGAUGGUACCAGCGCUUCCCAGGGUCCUGCUGAGGCAGACAAAGAGCUGGACCUGCAGGAGGAGGCCAAGGAAUACUUCCCCACGCUGGUGAGAUCCAUGUCUACCUCUCGGAGGCACAGCUGGGAGAGCCCUUUGUCACCCGGGGACUGCAAGCGCAGGUUCAGCCUGGAUACCACAGAAACAGGCAGUGACCCAGAGCAGGAGGAUGUGCAAAAGGGCCAGUCCUGCCCACAGCCUCGUGUGUCCAUUCAUCUGCCCAAAGGGGAACUGGAAACCUGGAGCAGCAGCAGCAGCAGGGCUGGCACAGUGAUCAAAGUGGAGAUAGAGCCACUGCACCCGAGCCUCAUGCUCAGCCCUGGCACCCAGGAGGGGGCAUGUGGCACCAAUGGGAAGAGGUUGAGGUCCAAGUCUGCCCCAUCAGCCUGUCAGACAGUGGUGUCCCCUCAGAUUCCUUGCAGCUUCAACACUUCUCUCCCAGCUGUGGAAGGUGUUGAACCCCCUGCUCUGGAGAUGCUGGAGAAGGACCACGUGUCCCCAGACCAUGUGCUAAUUGUCCAGCAGGUACUUCAGGAGCUGAAACAAUAUCAUGGGGCAAAGAAGAGAGCUUGUGUGCAAGAAGGCAGCAGUUCUUCCCAGCAGAACAUCACCUGGUUUGAGUUCCUGUCUAAUGAAAACAAGGAGAGUGAAAAGAGUGAUAAAGCAGAGAAGGGCACGAAGGUGAUGAGACGUCUGAGUUCCCUGCGGAGCCGAGUCACUGGGUCCUGGCAGAAGGAUAAGGGUAAGAACAAAGAGCAGCCAAAAGAGAGAGAGAAGGAGAAAGAGACAAAGGAGCCAAAAGAGAGGUGGAAAGAGAUCAAUAGGCACCAGCUUGUGCCAGGGGUUUUCUCCAGUUGCACCAGCUGCUCACUGUGUGCCAAACCUCUUGUGAAUAAAAGUGGUCUGCAGUGCCUGAAUUGUGCAGUGAAUGUCCAUAAGAACUGCAAGGGUUUACUGGGUGAAUGCAGCAACAUCAGACCCAAGGUUGGUGAUUUGCAGCACAGACCUUCUGGAUCUCCACAGAGUUCACCCCAGUGCAUUUCCCCAGCAGCUUCCCUGAAGGAGCAGCCCCGAAGUCUUCUCCUGGGACCGGAUGGCACCCCAGGACUGUCACGGAAUCUCGGCAUGACUAUCGCCCAGAGAGGAAAUUCUCAGGCUCCUUUGAAUCCUGCUGGAGCUGUUAGCAAAUUGGGACUAAUUCCAGGAGACAUGGAUGAAGGAGAUUCAGGCUUUAUAAAAUUUAAGCAGACUUCAGAUGAUGUUGUCUCACUUGCACCUACAACAGCAGACUCCACUUUUCUGGAAGAUGCAUAUUUUGUGUCUCUCCGGAAUGAAAUAGAAGCAGAUGCUCAUGAGUUUGAGGCAGAGUCUUGGAGUGUUGCAGUGGAGCAGCCCUAUGCAAAAAGGCAAAAGAAAGAAGUUAUAAAAAGGCAGGAUGUGAUUUAUGAGCUGAUGCAGACUGAAAUGCACCAUGUCAGGACACUGAAGAUAAUGCUGAAGGUGUACUCCAAAGCCAUGAGAGAGGAACUGCAGUUCCCCAAUGCAGUCAUCAACAAGCUCUUCCCCUGUGUGGACGAGCUGCUGGAGCUCCAUGGGCAGUUCCUGCUCCAGUUAAAGCAGCGACGGAAGGAAUCCUUGGAAGAAGGCAGUGACCAAAAUUAUAUAAUCCAGAACAUUGGAGACCUCUUGGUCAAGCAGUUUUCAGGUGAAAAUGGGGAGAGAAUGAAAGAGAAGUAUGGUGUGUUCUGUUGUGGACACAAUGAAGCUGUUAGCCACUAUAAAGACCUGCUCCAAAGCAAUAAGAAGUUCCAAAACUUAAUAAAGAAAAUUGGCAACUGUUCCAUUGUGAGGAGACUUGGUGUCCAGGAGUGCAUCCUCCUGGUGACGCAGCGCAUCACCAAGUACCCGGUCCUGGUGGACCGUAUUAUUCAGAACACAGAAGCUGGAACUAGAGAUUAUGAAGAGCUGACCCAGGCCCUCAGUUUAAUUAAGGACACAAUCACCCAUGUGGAUGCCAUGGUAAAUGAGUGUGAGAAGGGGCAACGCCUGAAAGAGAUUAUGCACAAAAUGGAGCUGAAAUCAUCUGGGAAGUACAAAAAUGGACUUUUAUUCCGGAAGGAUGACAUGGGCCAGAGGAGGCUGCUGCUGGAUGGGAUGCUCUACUGGAAAGCUGCAUCAGGACGACUCAAAGAUAUCCUGGCAGUCCUGUUAACUGAUGUACUGUUGCUCUUGCAAGAAAAGGACCAAAAAUACACAUUUGCAUCAGUGGACUCUAAACCACCAGUUAUCUCACUGCAAAAGUUGAUUGUAAGAGAGGUCGCUAAUGAGGAAAAGGCAAUGUUCUUAAUUAGUGCUUCCUUAAAAGGACCAGAGAUGUAUGAAAUUCACACUAGCUCAAAAGAGGAGAGGAAUUCCUGGAUGGCACACAUCCGCAGAGCUGUAGAAAGCUGUCCUGAUGAAGAAGGAGGAACACUUAAUGAACCUGAAGCAGAGAGGAGGCUGGCUGAAGCAAGAGCUGCCAAGUUAAAAGAUUUUCAAGAGCGUUUGAACAUGAAAGAUGACCUGAUCCUACAAAGUCUGACUGAGAAGCAGCAGAUUUAUCUGGAAAUGUCUGAAAUGAAUGGGUUUGAAGACCAUUCCCAAGGAUCCCGAUCCAGGCUGCUGCUUCGGGGGGAUACCUCAGAAAACCUGCAGGGGGAGGUGAUCUUGAAGUCUGCAGUGACAGAAGCUGAAAAUCUCCAGAACCUGAUCUUCACUCACCUGGGCUGUGGAUCCUGUCAGCCUGAAGAUGUGUCUGGGUCAGGGCUCCCUAGGAGGGCAGAGACCUUUGGAGGCUAUGACAGUAGUCCCUCAAUUUCAAAUAAAAGUGGUAGUUCUAGGAAGAACAGCAGUGGUGACCAGAGGCAGUGGGAAUGGAGAGGCCCUGCAGUGAGCUCAGAUGUGCAGCUCCAUGACCUCCCCUCUGAUGCAGAAGAAGGACCUCAAACUAGUGAUGGAACAAGGCUGGAUGACAGCAGUGGGUUUCAGCCCACCAUAGAGUCUCAGCUUGUCCAAAGGAUACAGACACUGUUACAGUUGCUCUUCAGUCUCCAGGCAGUGAUAUCCCAGCAGGACAGCUACAUCGAGAUGCAACGCGCCACCAUGGCAGACCGCGAGAAGCAAUACCGGCUGCAGUCUACACGGGGCAACCUGCUGCUGGAGCAGGAGAAACAGAGGAACUUUGAAAAACAAAGAGAAGAACUGAUGAAUGUCCAGAAACUCCAGAACCAGCUGAAGCUGGAGCAGCAACGCCUGGAGCGUGAGAAGAGUCGGCAGCAGAGGGAAUUCGGGAGCGCGGAAGCGCGGCUGCAGGAGCGCGAGGAGGAGACGCGGCAGCUGAGAGAGAAGUUGAACCAGGAGAGGGAAGAGCUGGAGAGGCAGCGAGAGGCCUAUCAGCACGACCUGGAGAGGCUGAGGGAGGCACAGAGAGCAGUGGAGAAAGAGAAGGAGCGUCUGGAUCAGCUAAGGAAGCUGAAGAAGCAGAACACGGUGUCAGGCGCUUUCUCCCCAGAAAUGGGACAGAGCCAGAUGCUGAGUCAUUCCAUGAGCUUCAAUGGAGAAGGGAUGGAACCAUCUCUACCUGUCAUGAAAACCUCAGUGAGAGUGAGUGUCUCUGGGCUGGAUUACCUGGAGAGGCCAGACCUGGUUCGUAGGGACAGUACCAGCCUGGAGAACCGGCCAGCCCUGGCACUGAAGAAUGAAGUGCCAAUCCAUCUCCUGAGUGCAACUAAUCAGAUCCAGAAACCAGCUGCAGUUCAGCAGCAGAUUCCCACGAAACUGGCCACUUUCACAAAAGGAAGCAAAGAGAAAGGUGGGAAGAACAAAGCAUCUCAUAGGACAGACAGCUCAGCAUCUGUGGAUCAGAAGCAGCUGCUUCCCCCCAGGCUGGUGGGACGAGAGGAGGGUGUCCUGAGGGGCAGAAGAUCAGCAAGCCCUGUCCUCCCCAGUAGCCAGCCCCCUGCAUUCCAGCCAGAAUUUUACAGCCCUUUAGAUGCUCAGCCAGAACCACUCCCACCUGCCUCAGCAAACCUGCUCAAGCCCAACAACCUUCACGUCCAGACCCUGGUGACCCCUCAGCCGAGUCUCCUGAACGUGCAAGAUGAUACCAGCAAAGAAGAUGUGAUUUUCUUCUAA